GUCUCUUGCGCAUGCGCAGACGUUGCUUCUGCUUUUGCUGACUCUGGUUCCGGAUGAGCAGAUUCGCCUCGAACCAAACUACACAAAUGGUACUUUUAAGGAGCUGACACAGAAGAGAGUCGACCAUGUUCCUGCAAGGCCAGCGCACCUCGGUGUUCACCUUCCAGUCGGCCGUGCACAGCGCUCGCCUGUUGCACUGUCUGGACGAGCAGAGGAGGCGGGACAUCCUGUGCGACGUGACCGUGGUGGUGGAGGGCCGCAGCUUCCGGGCCCACUCAUGCGUCCUGGCCUCCUGCAGCGACUACUUCCAGGGCUGCGUGGCCGGCGACGCCAAGCUCAGUGCCGUGGUCGCCCUGCCUCUGGAGGUGACGGUGCAAGGCUUCGAACCCCUGCUGCAGUUUGCCUACACAUCCACGUUGCUCUUCACCCAAGAAAACAUCCAGGCUGUUCAAAGCUGCGCAAAAUUUCUGGGAUUUCGCAACCUGGAGUCGGCAUGCUUCGAUUUCCUCAUCCCAAAGUUUUCCGAGCCGAAAUCGCAAGAGGGCAAGCAGAGAGUUUGCUGUCGGAAGUCGCCGUCAGACUUCGCACCUCUGUUCCCCGCAGGUCCGACCCGUGGCAGAGAAGAUGACUUCUGUUUGGAGUCCUGCGGCCCUCCGAUUCCCUCCUCGCCUCUGGAGUUGUCCGCUAGUCCUAUUUGUCCCAUGUUGUCUUUGACUGACGCGGACUCAGCAGGUCCUCCUUCUCAGAUGUGUUUGGCCGUGGAAGACGUCUGCAGUCAAAGCCAGUUAAGUCUGAGCGACUGCGGGUUGCCAUGUCAGGCCAUGGAUCCUCAAGACCUGAUGGAGCCAGCAGUUGAAGACGCCGUGAAAAGUCUCGGCAUGAACCCAGACCACGGCCUCGGUUCUUGUCCUCUCGACUCAGAAGCGUGCACUCAUUUGUUAGAAGGAAACCAGUCGGACAAAGACCAGGGAUUUCCAGGGAGGAGCAGAGAGGAGAGGGAAGUGGCCGAACAUCUGGCCAAGGGGUUUUGGUCCGACUUGUGCCAGUCUCAGUCUCAGACUCUUCCCGCUUUAGACUCUGCGGACCAAAACAGUCCAGACAAAGCCUCGGAAUUUCAUUGGCUGAAACAGCUGGACCUCACCUCCAAUCCGUCGGACUGUCCCUUCCUCCGGGACCUCGGCACAGGCGACGACCCGCACUCCCGCACCGACACGCUGUCGCAGUCGGAGAAGAGCCCGUACGUGUCCUCCUUCAACUCGGGCGAGGACUCCGACGUGGACACUGAUGGAGAUACAGAAGCGAACAACAGGAGAGCUGCAGAGAUUCAGCUUCCCUUCCCGGUGGAGCACAUCUCGGGGCUGAGUCGCAGUGCCUUCCAGCAGCUUCUCAAGCACAAUCACAUGACCCCGGAGCAGCUGGAGUUUGUCCACGACAUCCGUCGCCGCUGUAAGAACCGUGCGGCGGCGCAGCGGUGCAGGAAGAGGAAGACGGAAAGCAUACACCAGCUAGAUGGGGAAAUCAAAAUUUUAAAAUGUGAGAAAGAGAAGCUUCUUCAGGAGCGAGCGGAGCUGGAGCAGAACCUGGAGGAGACCCGUCAGAGUCUGUGCAGCUUGUGCAAGAGCCUGGAGUUGACCCCGGACCAGGACCACCUGCAGUUCCUGGCCAAGCUCUCCGCUCCGGACGUCCCCACCUGGCCGCAGCGUGCCCAGGACAAGAAGUAAGUGGAUCUCAGCAGGAUGGACGUUAAAAAGGUUGUUGAUGUUCCCCAAUCAUGCUGUCCAGAGACUUCCAUACCAACUUUUUGCUUCUGCUGUACCUUGAAUCACCAGCAACAUGUACAGUAUGUACCCUCACAGGGUCAUGACCAGUAAUUGUUGCAUUUCUCAGGGAAAAUUGUUCCUCUUGUCUUGUCCAGCACUGUAUUAUUGCACCACCAAAUUAGCACUAACCAGGGAUGGAACGGUUCAUGAAACUAAAUCUGGACCUGACUUCAGAUGGUGCUUCUUAAAUGUUUUACUACUCGGUUAGGAGCGUGUUUUUGUGAAGUUCUGAUCAUGCGCACUGCCCGACGUGACAGACGACAGGCGGGAGUAGUGAAGCGUCCAUGGCGUUGUGACUUCGAAAUUCUUGUCUCCUGCCAUCCCGACUGAAGUUACAGAUAACACGUAUUGCAAUGUUUUUUUUUUGUAGACGUCAAACAUUGUCGAAAGGAUGUCAAGGGGUUGGUUGAUCAACAAUCACUUACCAUCAAUUCCGGACUAUAAGAGGCACAUUUUUUUUCCUACACUUUGAACCCUGCGGUUCAGUAAACGGUGCGGCUAAUUUAUACAAAUAGAAAAAAAAAAAGAAAACAAGCAAAUACAUUGAAAAUUAGAGUGUCCGCCCUGAGAUGGGUAGGUUGUGAGUUCAAAACCCCGGCCGAGCCAUACCAAAGACUAUUAAAAAAAACGGGACCCAUUGCCUCCCUGCUUGGCACUCAGCAUCAAGGGUUGGAAUUGGGGGUUAAAUCAACAAAAAUGAUUCCCGGGCGUGGCCACCGCUGCUGCCCGCUGCUCCCCUCACCUCCCAGGGCAGGGGUGGGCAAUUAAUUCUUACCAGGGGCCGCAUGAGCAACCCAAGCACUGCUGGAGGGCCACACCGACAAUAUUUCAAUUAAAUUUUGCUCAAAUUAUUUUUGUAUACCGUAAGAUAAAUAAUAAUAAUAAUUUGAUUUAACCUAACUUAACUUUAUACAAAAGUAGAUUGCUUUUGAUGGUUUUAUUUUUAACACUGUCUUACACAACACUUCCUAAUGUAUAAUACAAUGCAAAAAUGUCAAUUUCUGUCACUUUAUCCUGCAUCCUCUUUAAAAGUCCAACAUUUUUCCCCGUCAGACUUGGACAACCAUCUGUUGUCACACCUGCCAGCUUGUCCCAUUUCAGUCCUAACAUGUCCAAACACGCAUUUACCUAUGUGAACAAGUCAUUACCUGUGGUUGUCUCUUUAAUUGACUGCAUGACUGCCAGCUACUCCGUGAUUUGAAAGUCUGCAGUUAUCCCACGUAAGAAGAUGAGCAGCUGGGCGGUGUCACGUACAUCGCAGCUCUCAUCCAAAGCCAGCGAAAAACAGUCAAAGUCAGCCGUUCUGUUCUUCAUCUGAAGCUCCAAGUUUCCAGCGAUGGUCUCAACCCGCCUCGUUACAGUGCGUCGGGAGAGUGACACGUUCUCAAAUGCGCCCCUCUUCUCCGGGCAUAUCAGCGCAACGGAGUCCAAUAAGCACUCCUUAAUAAACUCUCCGUCAGAAAACGCCUUACUUUUUCUGGCGAUUUUGUGAGAAAUGACGCAACUUGUCCUGACGGCUGCAUCUCUGGGUGUGUGAAAUUUGGCAAAAAGUCCUUGUUGGGUUUGCAGUUUUACCAUCAACGCAUCAGCCUCCCUUGCGCUCUUCAUCAGACAGAUUACGGUAUUUUUCCUCGUGCUUCGUCGUGUAGCGGCGAUUCAAAUGAUAUUCUUUAAACAGCAACCUGUGUACCACAAAUUAAGCACACGGCUUUACUUUUAAUUUCUGUAAAGACAUACUUGGCAGUCCAUGUCUUGUUGGAAACACGCCAUUCGUCAUCAACUUUUCUCUUUUUAGCGUCUCGGGGAUAACCGGGCAUCACUUGUCGCUGUGCACCUUCACUCACAGGUUACACACAGACAUAUGUCCAUAAACAACACUUUUCAAAAUAAAAGCAGCACAGUUGUAUUGCACGCACGACAUAGAUGUUUUUUUUAAUUUAUUUUGUAAUUUGUGAUUGCUGCUGUUCACAUUCACUCACAAUCACGCACGAGCAUAAGUCCACACGGAAGUAAUACAAAUAACACUUUUCAAAACAAAAGCAGCACCGUUGUAUUGCACACUCGACAUAGAUACUUUAUAAAAUGUAUUUUGUAAUUUAUGAUUGGACACACGCGGGCCGGACAGGGACGCAAAAAGGGCCGGAUGUGGCCUGUUCUAUUCUCAGGUGUUAAAAACAACAACCGUGUACACCCAACCUGAAAACCAUGACUAAACAGGCUCCCAACUGGAUUUUGUGAACCGUUCCAGCCUUACUAACACCAACUGAACCUUUUGCUGUAAGAAUCCCUGCUACCAUGCAAUAUCACCAUAGAUGCAAAAUGUGCCUUGAACUGAACAAAGACUGAUUCCUCCUACUUGUGAAGCACCGUUGCACAUGAACAUAAAGCCCUUAUUCAUAUCAAUGCUAAUUGCAAAUCUAUUUUCUCUGUAAUAAAGAGCAUUUUGCAUAGAUCAUGUCAAAAGUUGAUGUGAAACACCACCAGUAGGUGGCAGUGUAAGUUAGUCACUCUCACUGUGUGCUUCGGUCUUGAAGAUGCACACAAAACUGCAACCAGGUCCCCACAAGUCAAAACGACAACAGCUGGGACGUGCGGACCAAGUGAAGGUUGCCAGUAGUCAAAAGUCACCCUCCGUCUCCAAAUGGAGGCGCUUGUCUUUUAGCUCCCGUGUUGUGUGCUCUGUGUUUGUGGCGAGGAAGCCAGACUUGAUUGGAGAAGCAAGCAGCUGCAAGGUCAGAGGCUGCUAAUCCUCGGCCUCAUUCAUGCCAGAUUAAAAACCUGCUCCGACUUCUGAUUAAGACCGCAGGGUUAGAAGAUUAAACAAAAUGAAAGCAGCAAUCCUGGAAUUCAUCAGAAUAGCCUAAACGGUCAUUACAAGGCCAGAUUAAAGAAGACUUGAACUGGAUAUGUCCUCAUUUGCAUAAUCUCUUUCAGACCUUUUCUGCAUCAAAUCCUGCUUUUUCCUAUUCUUUGAUUGUGUCAACGCUCCAAAGCAGUCACACCUAUGGUUGUCAACACCUUCUUUUUCUUUCUUCUUUUCUUUUUUCUUAUUGUUUGAUUGUGUCAACGCUCCACAGCAGUCACAACUAUGGUUGUCUACACUUUCUUUUUCUUUCUUCUUUUCUUCUUCUCCUUCUUCACCUUCUU